AUGCUAUACGAGGGCCACCUUAACCAUGUCAUCGUCCGCUGCUCAGGAGAAAAAACCGGCUGUCAACGCUGCGCUAAUCUUGGCUUGGACUGUAUCUUCUCGAUCUCAAGGAUCGGGAAGGUGCCUGGGAAACGAAGCAAAGCCAACCGUGCCGCAGCAGCAGCCGCCGCUGCUGCUGCCGUUACCGCUCCCCCAUCAUCCGCAUCGCUCACGUCGCCCUCACGCCUGGAGUCUACGAAUGAGGCAAUUCCAUCCUUUCAGCCGUUUUCACACGCUAUCAAGGAUGAAGAGGUCUCAGGGGUGACUCCUUCGGUGCGCUAUGUCCCGUCCAACUUCGCUGUAGAUCCCAUAAUCACCCCGUUGAUGGUGCACAAUUAUUCGAGCAGCAUGCCAUUUUACCCAGGUGAUAACUGUACACCGGGCGGCCUCUCCCUCGCAGUCACAGUGCCCACUUCAACACAAAAUAUAUCCCGUCCUCUGGGUCCCAAUAUGGACCUCGGCCUCCAAGAACCCGGUAACUUCUGCUGGACCUCCGACCUGGAGCCCCUCAGCGCCAACAGCCUCCCAACACCGGGACUAGAAAUGUCAGCGAGCAGAGGCUCCCUGAGUCUCGACCGUCGCCUCAGCCACGACUGGGAGAUAGAGACGAACGUCGCCAACGGCAGCUGCGACCCCAGCCGAUCUUGCACGACUUCGAUCCGGCAGCCGGCAACUCCACCGGAUUACCUAGCCGACGAAGGGGUUUACCCGGUCGGCGCUCUGGAAAAUAUGGGUCCCGAAGCGAGCUACACAGUGUACCUACAGCUGCUGCACAACAUCGAACAGACGCUCCUCAUGGGCCGACAGCGCAGAAAGGAGAACCAUACGCUCGACGCCGUCCUAGCUGCCAACCAGCAGUACCUGACGAUCCUCCUGCAGCUGACUGAGAGCCCGGGUUUCGAGCAGAUGUACGACGGCCACCUGCUGUUCACAGUUGCUCUGAGCAAAAUUAUCACCCUCUUCAGCUUCGGAUACCGCGACUUCACCCUGCGGUCUGAAGCACAUCAGUCCAUGGGCUAUGCGGAGCGUCUGAUCCGCUUCGGUGUGUUCGAGAUCGACUUCGUCGAGCAAAAGGCUAUCUGUGAGGGUAUUUUCCUCAGGGAGCUGAAGCGCGCGGGGGUGUGUCUGUCCAGGUUGAUGGAUGCCUUGUGUCGGGAGAAAUUCCCCUACGCCCAUGGUCGGCAUGAACAGUUAUGUGAGGAUAUGAAGCAGCAUUUGGACCAAUUAACAAGUGCAUUGGAGGCGAGCGCGGCAUGA